AUGUCGAUUGGUAAAAUAUCGGAAUUUAAAGUGGCCACAGACAAUUGGAAACUAUAUGUGGAAAGGCUCGAACAAUUCUUUGUUGUGAACAAAAUAUCAAGUGAGCUACAUGUACCUACAUUAAUCACGGUUAUGGGGGCGGAGAGUUAUGAACUACUCGUGAGUUUGUGUACCCCGGAAAAACCCACAUCAAAAACGUUUUUAGAGCUAACAAAAAUUUUGGAAAAUUACCUUCAACCAAAACCCAGCGAGCUGGCUGAAAGAUUUAAAUUCCGACAAAGAAAACAAAGGGACGGUGAAAGUAUAUCAGAAUAUGUAACGGACCUAAAGAAAAUGUCGAAAACUUGCGAGUUUGGUAGCUGGUUGCAAGAUAGUUUGCGCGAUCAGUUCGUAUGCGGUAUCAGUAGUGAAACAAUUCGGCAGAGAUUAUUUGCCGAAAGCAAACUAGACUUUGGCAAGGCUUAUCAAUUAGCCGUGAGUAUGGAGGCGGCGGAGAAGGAUGCAGCCAGCGUCGAUGUGCAUCCGAAAAUAUCUGGAGACUCGAACGCAUCCACAAACUGCUACGCGAUGGUCAGUACAAGACGGACCGGGCGCGCGAUCGGUUGUGACGGCGAGCGGCGCGCGGGCAGUAAGGGCGAGGUCAGGAUGCGUGGCAGAGCAUCCAGGAUAGCAGCAGCAACGCCCACCGGGCCGAGGGUAUCAACAUCGGUGCUGGAUGAUCGACGACGACACCAGCGCGAGUGUCGUGCGUGCGGUAAUGCACACGAUGUAGUGACCUGCAAGUUUGCUCGCUACGUGUGUCGAGUGUGCAAUAAACAAGGGCAUUUACAAAGGAUGUGUCCUUAUCUAGCAGGACAACACAGCCUCAACGUGGUGCAGAGUGAGACUGACAGUUUAUUAAACAGUGAAGGAAGUGACGAGGUAAUGGUUUGCAUUAAUCAAUUAAGCGUUAGUCAUUACAAACCAUUGUUUAUAUCAUUAACAGUACACGGUAGGGAUGUUCAAAUGGAAUGUGAUACAGGCAGUGCCGUUUCAUGUAUUAGCUACGAGUUAUAUAAACAACAAUUCAGUAACCUAAAACUGAAUAUGUGUCCUUUGUUGCUAAGGUACUAUACGGGUGAACAAGUGAAACCUGUAGGUGUGAUAAGGCCUUUAGUAAAGUACAAAGAUAAAGAAAAGCAUCUCGAUUUAUAUGUUAUUAAAAAUGGUAAAAGUAUAUUGUUAGGCAGACAAUGGUUGGCAGAACUCAAUAUACAGUUACCCCCAUUUGGAAGCUUAAACUGUUUAUCGAAUGAUGUUUUUAACUUAAACGAUUUCAGUUCCAGAUAUUGUAAGGUGUUCGCGGACGGCCUGGGACGGUUCACUGGGCCGCCGGUGAGCAUCCGUGUGUGGGAGGGAGCGCAGCCCGUGUUCAUGCGAGCGCGUCCGCUGGCUUAUGCGUUGCGUGCACCCGUGGAGCGCGCACUCGAGCAGCUGGUGGCGGACGGUAUUCUCACACCCGUCGACCGCUCCGACUGGGCGACUCCCAUUGUGCCCGUAGUGAAAAAAGACGGUAACAUUAGGAUUUGCGCCGAUUAUAAGUUAACUUUAAAUAAAGUUAUAGAAGUCGACCGUUAUCCUUUGCCUAGAGUAGAAGACUUACUGGUACGUUUACAAGGGGGGCAGAGGUUCAGUAAAAUUGACCUUUCACAAGCUUACGCACAAUUUGUACUUGACGAAUCUGCCAAAUAUACGGUGAUCAACACACAUAAAGGUUUGUUUAGGUAUAACCGCUUAGUAUACGGCUUAUCAUCAAGCCCUGGCAUUUUUCAAAAACAUUUAGAGCAAUUAUUUAAUCUACCGUAUGUAGGCGUAUUUUUGGACGAUAUAAUUAUUACAGGGCGCAACACAGAGGAGCAUAUUAGUAAUUUACAUAAAGUAUUUGACCGUUUGCAGUCGUACGGACUUCGAGUUAAAAAGGAAAAGUGUGUAUUUUUUGCUGAAUCAGUCAAUUACUUAGGUUAUGUAAUUAGUAACGAUGGUAUUCAAACUUGUCCGGAUAAGAUUAAGGCAAUAGUAGACACUCCCGUUCCUACGAACGUCGAUUUGCCUAUUGUGCUGACGUGUGAUGCGAGUAGCGUGGGUGUAGGUGCAGUGAUCUCGCACCUGACGCCAGAGGGCGAGCGGCCGGUGGCGUAUGCGUCGCGCUCGCUCACGGCUGCAGAGCGAGCCUACUCGCAGAUCGAUCGGGAGGCGCUCGCUAUUGUGUUCGGUGUAAGAAAAUAUCAUCAGUAUCUUUAUGGGCGAAAAUUCAUAUUGCGUACGGACCAUAAACCGUUAACACACAUAUUCGGUAAAAAAACGGGAAUACCGGUUAUGGCCGCUUCACGUAUCCAACGUUGGGCCGUACUUUUAUCUGGUUACGACUACAAUAUCGAAUACGUAACGUCUAAUAAAAAUUGCGCCGACGGUUUAUCAAGAUUACCAAUUUCUUCUAAUAAUAAAAAAACGAUAAAUAGAGAAAUUACUUAUAUUAACUUCGUUGAAAAUUUUUUACCGGUUACUAAUGAGGAUGUUACGAAGGCGACUUCAAAGGAUAUUAUUCUUAGUAGAAUUUUCGCCUAUAUCAAAUCGGGUUGGCCGACAGUUUGCCCUGGUGAAGAGGUUAAACCUUAUUUUGUUAGGCGCAAUGAACUAUAUUUAGAUAACGGAUCGAUUAUGUGGGGGUAUAGAAUGGUAAUACCUUCAUAUUUACGUCCAAUUAUUUUAAAACAACUACACAGCAGCCACAUGGGUAUUGUGAAAACUAAGGGGCUGGCACGGAGUUAUGUGUGGUGGCCGAACAUCGAUGCGGAUGUGGAAGCGCUAUGCCGAAGCUGCGAGACCUGCGCCUCUGAGGCGGACGCCCCGCCGCGCGCGCCUCCUAACCCCUGGCCCUACUUGCCUCCCUGGUCUAGAGUUCACAUAGACUUCCUAGGACCGUAUAAAGGUAAAACUUAUUUAGUUUUAAUAGAUUCGAGCUCGAAAUGGCUUGAAAUUAUUGAAGUAGCGCGAACGAAUGCGACUUCCAUUGUUAAGGUGCUGAGGUCAAUAUUUGCAAGAUUCGGUUUGCCCUUAGAACUAGUGUCUGACCAGGGACCGCCUUUCACAAGUAUUGAAUUUAAAAGUUUUUUGAAAAAUAAUGGCAUUCAGCAAAGGUUUUCACCGGCGUACCACCCUGCAUCUAAUGGGGCAGCGGAAAAUGCUGUUAAGCUGUGUAAGAGGGCAAUUAAAAAGGCUUAUAGGGAUGACGUAGAUAUUGAUACCGCCCUACAAACCUUUUUACUAAGCUAUCGCAACAGUAAGCAAAGCACCACGGGUGAGAGCCCAGCGAUGCUGCUGCAGCGACGUUCCUUGCGUUCACGGUUAGAUUUACUUCGCGGUGGGUACGUGGUGCAAGCGCGUGUGCUCGAUGCUCAGCAGCGUCAAGUCGAAUAUGCGGGUGGUGUUCUGCGUAAUUUCUCUUUGGGAGACACCGUCUGGAGUAGGGACUACGGCACCCGGGAUAAAUGGGUCAAGGGCACGGUAGCCCAGAAAGAAGGUUCUGGAAGAUACGUUCUCGACAAUGGUGACGGUCGACUUAUUAAAAGACAUAUUGAUCAAAUAAGUCGUAGGUCGCGCUUAUCCGAUGUUACCUGUCCAGAUAUCACUAAUGAGGUCGAUGAAAAGGAUGAGGAUGAGUUUGCAGAUGCGUCUUCAGAGUUGCAAACGGAGGUGGCGGUUUCGGCUGGAAAAGAUGACGCGGAUACCGAGCACGUGGCAGAUACGCAAUGUCCCAGCGAGACUGUACCAGGCCCCGCCACUCCUCCACAACCACCGCCACCGUCGCGGCCAGUGACCCGUUCCAGGCGAAUCCGAAAACCCGUAAUUAAAUUCCAAUGUUAG